GAGAGGAGUCUGCACAUUGAUGGAAGAGCUGCUUCAAACCUCCAUUCAGUUGAAUUUGCUGGAUUAGAACCACGUGCGUCAUUGCGCACAGCAACCGCUUGUUCUGCUAUUGCAUCUCAAACUGUGAACUGAUGAUGAUACUUUGGAAGCGACAAUGAUGUCUAACCAUAAGAUUUCAUUUUCUAUAGCUGAUAUAUUGGAUCCAAACAAAUUUAACAGCAAAAGAGCAAACGAACUUCCAGUUGCUGAGGAGAAGUUUACUGCGCCGGAUGCAGAGGGAACAAGUUUGGAAUGGGACAGCGAGGCGGCGAGAGAUGAGCACACAGGAGAGGAAACGGGAGAUGAGGACUCCAGCCAUCCAACGACCCUUCGUGAUCCCAUUCUAACCUGUUCCUCCAGCGAGCAUGAGAACUCAGACAGGAAGACAGCAGACACCCCGCAGGACCCAUCGCCCCACAAGCGGCGGCGCGCAGACCACGCGUGCGCCAAACCGCGACGCGCGAGGACAGCCUUCACAUAUGAGCAGCUUGUAGCUCUGGAGAACAAGUUCCGCGCUACCCGGUACCUGUCCGUCUGCGAGAGACUAAACCUGGCCCUGUCCCUGAGUCUGACCGAAACGCAGGUUAAAAUCUGGUUCCAGAACAGGAGGACUAAGUGGAAAAAACAGAAUCCUGGAGCGGAGAGCAGCUUACAGACCGGCUCCAGCUCCCUGGUCAGCGUGAGCCCAAACCCAUCCUCCUGUGGCUCAGGCUCAGGCGCCUUUCACCAAACUUUCUCUAACUUUAGCUCUGGGAGUGUGAUCUUUCACACAGCUGGUGGUGUUCCGCUUUCAACCACUGGGGGGCUUCUGCAUCCUUUUAUGCCAAGUGGAUUCGUCCAACCGACUUACUUUCACUGACUAAACUAUCCAGACUUUCAGCACAUUUUUAAGUUCUCUAAGUAAUUUUAUUGUCAUUCAUUCAUUCAUUCAUUCAUUCAUUCAUUCAUUC